UUACCAAAAAAAUUCAUUUAAAACCAUUUUUAAAAAAACACCCAAACUACAAAAACAUCUCUUCGGUUGUUGGAACUUGGAUGUGUGAAUUGGGCUUCCAAUUACCACUUUUGGAACUUCAACAGCCCAAAUUGGCAAAUUCAAAUUCCUUGAGCAAAAAGUUUCUGUUCGGUAUAGCUCAAAAGCCGACAUAUAUUCGAUUCGAUACUUGCUUCUCCACCUCCCCAGAUCACGAGGGCCAACGACGGCACCCGAUCUCCGCCUCCCGCCUUAUCUCCAUUGACAAGGUUCCCGCCGGCGAAGGAGCCUUCUUCGACAGCUAAUCUAAAACUUUACCUGAUGGUUCCAUUUUGCUACUGAAAUGUGAUUAUUUGCUGAAAAACUCGGACAUGGGAACUCGAAGUGCGUUGUGGAGUUUUGCCAACAAGUUUUUCACAUGUGGGGUCAUAGGUGUCUAUGUUUCAGAUCGAUUUGUGGGUGUUGCUCCGGUGCGCGGUUCCUCUAUGUCACCUACGUUAAAUCCUGGAACUACUUCUUUAAUGGGCUUGGCAAUUGAUGACUAUGUUUUGGUGGAGAAACGGUGUCUUCAAAACUACAAGUUUUCACAUGGUGACGUGGUUGUUUUCAGUUCCCCAAGCAAUCACAAGGAGAGGCACAUAAAGAGAAUAACUGCAUUACCUGGUGAGUGGAUUGGAACUCGUCAUUCCUAUGAUGUGCUGAAAAUUCCAGAAGGACAUUGUUGGGUUGAGGGAGACAACUCAUCUUCUAGCUUGGAUUCAAGAUCGUUUGGUCCAAUUCCUCUAGGUCUAGUUCAAGGAAGGGUUACCCACAUUGCGUGGCCUCCUCAGAGAAUUGGUGCUGUUGAGAAAAGAACACCCCAAGACACAAUUUCCUCUUCAUAGUUGGACAUCACUUGCGGAUCCCAUUUUUUCGAAGGGAAAACAUACUUCUUUGUAGACUCCUUAUAUUUUUUACCAAUGUCAUGGCAGCACCUUCUGAUUGGAUUUUGUUUGUCAAGGAAAAUCAAAUGAUGGAUCUUGCAACAUCUGACUCUCCUAGAGGUGCAUUCAUCAGUUCAUCAUCUCAUAUAACUAGCAACAGAGGUCCAGGAUAAUCAAGUUUCUUUGUUUUAGCCCUAUUAUGGUUUUAAAUUUUAGUUAUUUUUAUGUGCUGAACCUUUGCCUAUUGAUCAUGAAACUAACAAGAAUGUACUUUGUGAUUCAAGAGACGCACACAAUUCACUAUGAGCUAUUUUUUCUGUCA